AUGACUUCCUAUAUGUAUUACCCAACCUACGCGGCCCCCGGUCCUGCUCCUGUCGCUCCUCCGCGUCAGUCGCUACAUGGCCACUCUCAAUCUAUGGGAGCCCCUGCAAUGGGCAACUAUGGUUACUAUCAACCACCACAGUCCAUGCACGGUUACUAUCAGCCUGACCCCCAGCAACCAUACAGACACCAGCAUUCUGCUAGUUAUCAAAUGGUAUUGCCUCCUCCAGGCAUGGGCUAUAUGGGACCCACUGCAGCUGCACCUCCAGCUCUUAUGCUACCAAAUUUGCAGCAACCUUUUCAGCCUCUAAUGCCUCAGUCACAACAUCAGGUUCAGCCACAACCUCGCCAGGACCAAGUCAACGGCGGUGUUCGUGAAUUUCUGGACUACGACCUGGAUUUGAUGUCAGACUUUGUUGUAAAAAACGCCUAUUUGGUGUUCGACAACGACGAAGCUUUGAACGUUGAAUCCUCGAGUGUUUUGGAUAUUUUCAAGAAGGGUGUAAGUUCUGUGCUAAAUGCCACGAGACUGCCUUCUGUUACAAUUUUCAUGGCUUUGGACUUUCUGUGCAAAUACGUUUCGAAGUUUCCAAAUGGAGUAGAAGCGCUUGGUGGUGAUUCGGUCAAUGUCAUUUACCAAAACUUGAUGAUCGCUUUCGUCCUAGCCAACAAGUUUAACGACGACAAAACUUUUACCAACAAGUCUUGGUCUCACGCUACAGGCAUGGACUUAGCCACAGUGAACCAGUACGAAAGGGACUGGCUGGCCACUUUUGAAUGGAAGCUUUUUGAUGACAAUUUCAUCUUAUUUGAUGAUUACCUGAAGACUUUCGAACAUUUUUGUGACGAAAAAAGAGCGCCCGCCGCCUUCAAUUCUUACGGCAUCCCUCCUCUUUCGACUCCACUCACACAAAAUUCGGAUUACUCACCAAGCCGUCAAACCUGUUCCGGAUUCCAAACUCCAGUGCAAGCUCCACCUGUGGUGUACUCAUCGCCGAGUUACACGGACGAAAGAAGUGGUACAAACAAUUACUUUUACCAACCUUCGUUUGCCUCUCCAAUCCAUGGCGAUAGCCCUUUGUCGAAAAGUACUCACAACAAUGGGACAAGUUACAACUUUUACAGUGCACCAAUGCAAGCUCCAUCCUUAGCUCCAAUUUGGGGUGGUCAACCUGAAGAUUUUUUCGCUCAACCGCAAUUCAAUCUCUCAAGCAAGCCCUUCUUUUGUUACUCGCAGUGA